AUGUACGGCGGCUGGUUAUACGAUGAUACCCAAUCUGUGAGUACCACCACGACCACCUUGCCAACCGACAACAAUGAAGUAUGCGUAACACCACCGCAACGACAUUCGCUUAACUCCAAUGAGUAUCAAACAUCGACACCAAAAUCCUCAACUCGCAACUCAUCGGCAGCUGCCAACAAUUCGGGUGGUGUGGUUUGUUCAACAUCGCCGGUAAAUUGUGCCUCUGUUGGGGAUACUGCAAAUAAUAAUGCUGCAAAUAUUCUGACAAAUGAGGAAAGUCCUUUGCCGCAACAAUUCAUGAACGUCGAGUGCAGCACCCUAAAUGAGUCACAAUUGAUGGCAACGGGGUUGGUGGGUGCGGGUGUGGUCGAAACAGGUGGAAUUACCGCCACUGCAGCAAUCAGUGGAAAUACUACCAACAACAACCAAAUUGUAAAUACGGCUGCGCCAUCGACCAUGCCGCCCACACAAAACCAACAAAUUCUUAAUAACUAUCCUGGACUGGCCAAUAGCCAAAAUGGCUCAAAUCGUAAUUAUAAUCCCAUACUUAUACCCCAACGCCAAUCCUUAUUGCCCUGGGGUAGCCAUUCAAGAUCCUCAAUAAUCAAUAUUAUGCCCUACAAUACCUCGACCAGCACCAAUGCUUCCCAACUCGACAACAAUGCGGAUAACAACAUGUUAAGGCCCGGCGAAAUUGUUAUGCGUAAUCUCUUUUCCGAUUUCACCCAACAGGCUGAGAAGAAAAUCGAAUUGGUGAUGUUGGAAAGUGCCGAUAAACCUCUCUCCAAGCUAUUGCAACGUGGGGAAGAUCAACAAUUCGAUCAGCUACUCUCCGCUUUGGGCAAUGUGGCCGAACAUUGUUUGCCAUCACUACUGCACACACUCUUGGCAUGGCACAGACGCCAGUUGUCCGAUGCUGAAAUUAAAAAUGAUCUCAAGCGCAUGGAGAAAUCGGCCAAUGCAAAUGCCAAACCGCUAAACUCACAAGAGCUUGACUUUCAAUUGCAACGACGUGAAGCCACAGUGGAGUUUAUUUUCUGUCUAGCCCUCAUUGAGAUUCUCAAGCAACUUCCCUUCCAUCCUGGCCACGAGGAUUUGGUGCGUAGCAUUGAAAAUUUGGCCUUUAAACAUUUCAAAUACAAAGAAGGCCUACAGAAUAAUCCCAAUGCCCAUAAUAUACACAUGAUUGCCGAUUUGUAUGCCGAGGUAAUUGGUGUUUUGGCCCAAUCACGCUUCAGUUCGGUGCGAAAACGUUUCAUGAGUGAACUCAAGGAGUUGCGCGCCAAAGAGCCAUCCCCACAUACCACACAAAGUAUUAUAAGUUUACUGAUGGGCAUGAAAUUCUUUAGGGUUAAGAUGGUGCCCAUUGAAGAAUUCGAAGCAUCAUUUCAAUUUAUGCACGAAUGUGGCCAGUACUUUUUGGAAUUAAAAGAUAAGGAUAUUAAACAUGCCUUGGCCGGUUUAUUUGUGGAGAUUUUAGUGCCAGUUGCAGCGGCAGUUAAAAAUGAAGUUAAUGUCCCAUGCGUUAAGAAUUUCGUAGAAUUAUUGUAUAUGCAAACACUGGAUGCUUCGACCAAGUCUAAACAUCGCCUUGCCCUAUUUCCGUUGGUCACCUGCCUACUGUGCGUGUCACAAAAAACCUUCUUCUUAUCGAAUUGGCAUUAUUUCCUCGCGAUGUGUUUGAGUAAUUUAAAGAAUCGAGAUGCCAAAAUGAGUCGUGUCGCCUUGGAAUCGUUGUAUCGUCUUUUGUGGGUCUAUAUGAUACGCAUUAAAUGUGAAUCGAAUUCUGCAACACAUUCACGUCUACAAAGUAUUGUGAAUUCAUUGUUUCCAAAAGGCUCAAAGGGUGUGGUACCACGUGAUACUCCAUUGAAUAUUUUUGUCAAAAUUAUACAAUUUAUUGCUCAAGAACGUUUGGAUUUUGCCAUGCGUGAAAUUGUCUAUGAUCUGUUGUGUGUGGGUCGGCCAAUAAAGUUAAUCCUCAAUCCGGAACGCAUGAGCAUUGGCCUGAGAGCUUUCCUUGUAGUUGCCGAUUCGCUGCAACAAAAAGAUGGCGAACCCCCAAUGCCACGCACCGUACCCGUCCUACCAUCCGGCAAUACACUGCGUGUCAAGAAAACCUACAUCAAUAAAAUGCUAACCGAUGACACAGCUCGCAGCAUUGGCAUGUCGACAUAUUUCCCCCAUGUGCGUCGUGUUUUUGUUGAUAUUUUACGAGCUCUUGAUGUUCACUAUGGACGACCUCUGAUGAUGACAAAUACCCAGAAUCAAAAUAAGGAACCUGACGAAAUGCUAUCAGGUGAACGUAAACCUCGCAUUGAUCUCUUCAGGACUUGUGUGGCAGCUGUGCCACGCUUAAUACCCGACACAAUGACACCGCAAGAACUUGUCGACUUGCUCUCGCGUCUCACCGUACACAUGGACGAAGAGCUGCGCAUGUUAACGCAUCAGUCGUUGCAAACAUUGGUUAUAGAUUUUCCGGAUUGGCGUCAGGAUGUCGUGCACGGUUACACACAGUUUCUGGUGCGCGAUGUCACCGACACUUAUCCGCAACUUUUGGAGAAUUGUACACGAAUGUUGUUUGUAUUUUUAAAUAUAUGGCGGUGUGCCAUCAAUGUGAAUGGUAGCAAUGGCAACAAUGGCAUGCUGAAGACACCCACCACAGCUACAAGUUCCCUAAACACCAAUCAAGGGGCGACUGGCGCAACUCAGACAGCAGCAGGUAUUACUGCAACCGGUGCCAAUAAUAUGGUGGGCAAAGAUACCGCCACAAGUCAAUUGUCCAGUGCCAGUAAUGUCAAGAGUAUAACAAAUACAAAUUCAAGUGCUACAUCCAGUAUUACCUCGAGUGGCAUGUCAAGCAUAACCCAGGCUACAGUUAUUAACUUGGCUGAAAGUGGCAAGAAAAAUGAAAUUCCCCUGGCUACUACGCUGCAUUUUGUUGAGGGUUAUGCUUUGGUUCUGCUCUGCAAUUAUCGUCCAUAUUUGCGUAAAUUAGCAGCUAUGAUUUUGAAAGAAGUAAAAAAUCUUAUGAAGGCAUUGGGUAUACCGGAAACUGAACCUCCGCUACUGGAUGUUAUUGAUAAAUGUUGUCCGCAGGUAUUGGAUAAGUGUCUACCGCAUCUACCUCAAACAGAAAAGACUGCUAUUCUAAACGCUACACAAAUUGAUUUACAAUGGAUUGUGGAACGGUCAAGCGGUGUGUGGUUGGGUGGCCUAACCGAUGACAAUUCUAAAUCAUCAACAUCCACAUUAAAUCUCUCACAAUCGAGUGGUGGUGGCGGUGUUGGCGGUUCACCGCAAACACAGCAUCAAUUCGAUCCAUGGUCGGUGUGUUUGUUUGGAUUCUUGGAAAGAGAUCGUAUAUUGCAAAAGUGUCCAUCGGUAGUGGCACAGGCCUGGCCCAUAUGUUAUGCACGUCUAACAACUCUGUACAGUGUUAUUGAUCCAAC